CUAACUGGCGUGUGCAAACAGUCAUCGUGCACUUUGGAGUUUGCGUUUGUUCGUGAUGGCGAACAUCUUUCUUGUUUGUGUGCUGUUUUCCUCUUUUCAGCUGAUUCCUGGAGGCCCAGUGUUCCUGUCUGGCAAAGCGGCCGAUGGUGUCCUGAAGAGAUACAAGCGGGCGAACACAGGCGUGUUUGAAGAGUUUCGGGAGGGCAACCUGGAAAGAGAAUGUAUGGAGGAAGUCUGUGACGCUGAGGAGGCCAGGGAGAUCUUUGAGGAUUUCGAAAUGACUGAGAGGUUCUAUCGAGCGUAUGUUGAUGGUGACCAAUGCGAGUCGAAUCGUUGCUUGCACCAGGCCACCUGCAAAGACGGCAUCGCCUCAUACACCUGCCUCUGUCAAACCGGCUUCACCGGCGACCACUGUGAAAUUGAUUUAUUUAAAAGGUGUGAUCUCAAUAAUGGAGACUGUGGGCACUUCUGUGAGCCAGCGGAUAUUGCGGGAGGUAAAUGUUACUGUGCGGAGGGAUACAAGCUGAUGCAGGAUGGGAUCAGCUGUGAACCAGAAGCCGAGUUCCCGUGCGGCGGGACCGCUACGUUGGCCACCCUUAACAAAACUGGGCUGUAUCCCAGAAUGCGCAUUGUUGGCGGAGACGUGGUGAUGCCAGCAGAGAUCCCCUGGCAGGUGGCCUUGGUUUACAGAGAGAAUGGUGAGGUAUUCUGCGGGGGCUCCGUUCUGAGCGAGCGCUGGGUCGUCACCGCUGCCCACUGCUUAACAGAGGCACAGGGCCCCUUCUUCGUCAGAGUGGGCGAGAACAACAUAAACGUCAAAGACGACAUGGAGCAAGACAUCCAAAUAUCCCAGAAGCACGCAUACCCACUGUACAACGUCAGCGUGAACCUAUACGAUCACGACAUCGCCCUGCUCCACCUCCAAAGCCCCAUCAACUUCACCGUCAAAGUGCGGCCCAUUUGCAUCGGGCCCAGGGCCUUCACCGAGGCCCUGCCGAAGCGAGCCUCGCCCGCCACGGUCAGCGGCUGGGGCAGAACGCGCCACCUCGGACUCCCGUCCAACGUGCUGAAAAAAGUCCAGGUUCCCUUCACGAGCCGGACAGAGUGCAAGUUGAGCAGCAGCGCUUGGAUCACCCCCGCCAUGUUCUGCGCCGGCUACUACAACGAGGCCAAAGACGCGUGCCAGGGAGACAGCGGGGGUCCUCACGCCAACAAGAUUCAUAACACCUGGUUCCUGACUGGCAUCGUGAGCUGGGGGGAAGAAUGCGCCAAGGACGGCAAGUACGGGGUGUACACGCGCUUGUCUCUUUAUGUCGACUGGAUCCAGAACAUGAUCCACGGGCUGAACCACCACCUGGAAGCUCCUCCACUUGAAGGUGAUAUGGAGGGAACAGAGUAGCGUUAAACUUGAACAGCUCUUUUCUGCAGGGAAGAAUUUUAACAUGUAAUUAAUGUCAUGUUUGAAAGAUGAACAUAUGCAUGGUGGGUGAUUGGUUAGCAAUUCCAUUGUCAAAGCCACUGUAGACAUCCUUUUUUCAUAUUUUGUUUCUUUCGGAUAGACAUGAGAACACAAA